AUGCACAACAUGUCGCACCCAGGAAUAAAAGCCAAGAUAAAGCUGAUUAGCGAACGAUUUGUAUGGACAAACAUGAAUCACGAUGUACGUAAUUGGACACAAGCAUGCAUGAAGUGCCAAAAAGUCAAAGUACAUCGCCAUACUAGCUCUGCGGUGGGUCCGUUUUCACACCCAGACACUAGAUUUGAACAUAUACACAUCGAUAUUGUAGGACCACUGCCUGUUUCAAAUGGAUACAAUUAUAUCUUUACAUGCAUCGACAGGUUUACACGAUGGCCAGUAGCAGUACCAAUAAAAGACACCUCAGCUGAAACGGUAGCCAAAACCCUAAUUGAAAAUUGGAUUUCUUACUACGGUGUGCCAACAACUAUCACAACUGAUAGAGGAGCACAAUUCGAAAGUCGACUCUUUCAACAGCUUACAGAACUCCUCGGUAUUAAACGAAUCCGAACGACAUCGUACCAUCCAAUGGCAAACGGAAUGGUCGAACGCCCACAUAGGCAAUUAAAAGCGUCCUUUACAGCCGUCAUUGUUAACAACGAUUGGGUCAAUAAACUUCCUUUAGUAAUGUUGGCUCUAAGAUCAACAAUUAAGCAAGACAUGGGAUGUUUUCCAGCCGAGUUGGUUUACGGAACUACUCUACGGUUACCCGGAGAAUUUUUCACUCCAAGUAAAGGUGUUCCGACUGAUGUAACCGGCUAUGUGCAACGCCUGAGAAAGCACAUGAGCGAGCUAAAAAUAACACCCCCAGAUCACAACAACGACGAGUAUUCAUACCACAAGAACCGCAUAACAGCACUCACGCAUUCAUUAGAAGAGAUAAAGUACAACCACCUCUACAACCGAGUUACGAUGGCCCAUUUAAAGUGAUAGAGAGGACGAAUAAAACGGUUACCAUAGAGAAAGCUGAGAAGACAGAUGUAAUUAGCAUCGGUCGAGUAAAGCCAGCUUUUAUCGAUAGCGAUAUUCAAUCAACAAGUACAAACUCCUCUAAGAUGGUCACACCAGCGAAACACGAGUCGCAAGAAUCAACGACGUUAACACAACAAAAAGACAAGACUCCGAUAACAACAAGAUUUGGCCGCAGAGUAAGAUGGCCCCAACAAUAUGUCGCUACGGUUUCUUAUUAA